AUGUUCGGAAUCGACUUUAGCGCGUGGGUGCCGUCGCCGCCUCCGGAGCACGCGUUUUCAGGCACGGCGGCGGUGGUGGUGUCGCUGGUAUGCACGGUGCUCGCCGUGUUUCUCUCCGUACGCCACAUCGUCAUGCACCUCCGCAACUACACCGAACCCACGUACCAGCGUUACAUCGUCCGGAUCAUCUUCAUGGUCCCCGUGUACGCGACAAUGUCAUUCGGCGCUCUCGUUAUGAGCGACUACGCCAUGUACUUCAACACGAUACGCGACGUCUACGAGGCGUGGGUGAUCUACAACUUCCUUUCCCUCUGCCUCUCCUGGGUGGGUGGACCAGGCGCCGUGGUGACGAGUCUAACAGGGCGACUGUUGAAACCCUCUUACCUGCUAAUGACCUGCUGCUUCCCGCCCAUUCCGCUUGAUGGUCGCUUCAUAAGGCGGUGCAAGCAGGGCUGUCUGCAGUUCGUGUACUUAAAGCCCAUCCUGGCGGCCACCUGCCUGUGCCUCUACUACUACGGCCUUUACGAGGACGGCAACUUUGCCCUCUCAGACGGCUACAUCUACAUCACAUGCAUCUACAUGGCCUCCUAUUCCGUGGCGAUUUACGCACUUAUUCUCUUCUACGUCGCGUGCCGGGAGCUCCUGCGCUCUUUUAAUCCAGUGCCCAAGUUUCUGAUGAUCAAGGCAGUGGUUUUCCUCACCUACUGGCAGGGUGUGCUGGUGUUCAUAGUGGCCCAACUGGGCUACGUCAGCAGUGCAGAAGACGCAGCAGAUCUACAAAACGUGUUGAUUUGCGCCGAGAUGGUGCUGGGCGCGCUGGGCUUCAUUCACGCCUUCCCCUUCAAGCCGUUCCUGCAGGCCAAUGUGGCCCUGAACGGCGAGCAGGCGGGGCUGCUGAGGUCUAUUAAGCAUGCCAUCAACCUCACAGAUGUUGUCAGCGACACCGUUCAUCAGUUCGCCCCCACCUACCAUGACUAUGUGCUCUACAGUGACGGCACGGGGGAGACACACCACUACCGCACACGCACCUUCGUCCCCUCAGGGAGGGAGAUGGAGUCGUGUCGGCGCUCGGCCAGUGGCAGCAGCCAGCCACAGCACUUCACAGACCUCGAGGCCCUGUCAACCUCCGACCGCCCUGCUGGGCCCACAGGGAUCGCCUCUCAGGGUGCUGCUGUUGACUCUGCUGAUUCUUUUCUCUCAGAAGCGCAGCUUAUUUCGACAGAGAAUGCAGACGGGAAACUGGGGAGUGGAGGGAAAGACAGUGGGGCCGCUGGGGGGGUGGGGGCCACGGUGGGUGUGGCGUUGUCUGGCGGCGCGUCUUUGGCUGCGAGGUUAGCUGCUGCGUUUUCUGCAGCGGCCGAUAUGUCGUCAGCGGUUGAUUCGACAGAAGCGAAUGAUCCCACGUCUGCCCCUCUGGGGUUCACUCUCUCGUCCUCGAGUGCUCCGGGAGGAUCGCCGGACCUAAGAAAGGAGGGUGUAGGAACGCCAGUCAUAGGCAGUGUGACAAUAAAGGGGUCUCCGUUGUCAGGAGGUAGGGUUUCUGAGAUGGUUCCCCUGCAAGGGAUGGGGCAAGGGGGCAGCACUGGAAGUAGUCCUGCUGUUUCAGCAGGAAUUGGCAGUGCAGGGGAGAUGGACAAGCUUAUGCUAGAUAUGGACCAACAAUAG